AUGCUUUCCCUAUAUAGAGCUGGAUACCUCCGUUCCAGCCUGGCCUGCCGAGCCUGUCGCAGAAACGCCUUCUCGACCACCGUCGCAACCGCUCGGAGCCCGCCCAGGCCAAGCCCGCGCAAGUCUGAAAAAUGGGCGCGGCGUGCCGAUUCCCGCCCUGCCACCAGGGACAUACUGCGGGAAUCUGAAGAGUCGGACAAGUCGGUCGAGUCCGGCUCCAAGUUCGAAGCGAUCAAAUACGUCGCUGUUGGGCCAGGCAGGCAGCAGGACAUCGUCCAUGGCGCCCCAGCGCACGCCUUCGGCCCUCCGCGCCAGGCCCUGAAGCCAGGCUCGCCCGGCUACCACAAGGCAAAGACGGCACAGAGGACCUACGAAAUCUUUGGCAAGCUGGCCCUCACCCGCGUCGACGCUUAUAUGACCCACCAGGGAAGCUGGCUUGCGAAGAGGGAGGAAUACAAGUCCUUUGGCAUCGAGACGGCCCUCGACUUUGAGCGUGAGGUCAAGCUGUUCAAGCAGGCCAUCGAGAGGGCUUGCGCCCUGGCCACGGACAAGAACGAUGUCUCUCGCACCGAAAACCCCUUGUUCUGGGCCCUGAGGAGCGCCUUCGUCGAGGGAGAUGUCGACGCCUUGACCAGAGAGAUCAAGCACAAUUUCUACAACUUCCUCAUGCGCUCCCGCUUCUCCAAAAACAUCACAGCCACCCACGCCAAGAUCGCCGACUUCCGCUUUCCCUACGAGUGGUUCCCCGCCACCCGGGCUCUGCAAAGGACGGUGCAUCUGCACGUCGGCCCUACCAACUCCGGCAAGACCUACAAUGCCCUCAAGGCCCUCGAGGAGGCCAAGUCGGGUGUCUAUGCCGGCCCUCUGCGGCUUCUGGCGCACGAAGUCUACUCGCGCUUCGUGGCCAAGGGCAAGCCUUGCGCCUUGGUCACCGGCGAGGAGCAGCGCAUACCCGACGUCGAUAACUACUUUCGGAGCUGCACUGUCGAGAUGACACCACUGAACUACCAGAUGGAUGUUGCCGUAAUUGACGAGAUUCAGAUGAUUGGGGACAGUGACAGAGGCUGGGCCUGGACGCAGGCCUUUCUCGGUGUCCAGGCCAAGGAGGUCCACGUCUGCGGUGAGGAGCGUACCGUGGAGUUGAUCCAGUCCUUGUGCAAGCUCACGGGCGACAAGUGUAUUAUUCAUCGCUACGAGCGCCUCAGCCCUUUACAGCCCAUGGAUCGGAGCUUAGGGGGCAAUCUGAAGAAUCUGGAGAAAGGCGAUGCCGUUAUUGCCUUUUCACGCGUCGGAAUCCACAGCCUGAAGCAGGCCAUCGAGAAGGCCACCGGGAAGCGCUGUGCCAUUGUGUACGGUUCACUGCCGCCCGAGACGAGGGCGCAACAGGCCGCGCUUUUCAACGACCCAGACAACGACUACGACUUUCUGGCCGCCAGUGACGCUGUGGGCAUGGGUCUGAACCUUGAGAUCAGGCGUGUCAUCUUUGAGGCGACCCACAAGCGUGACAAGUACGGCUUCAAACGGCUUUCCGUCUCAGAGAUCAAGCAGAUUGGUGGCCGUGCUGGACGAUUCCGGUCAGCAGCGCGGGCCAACCUGACUGCUGCUGCCGGUGAGGAGCCCGAGCAGUCUUCUGGGCCUCCGAAGGCCCCCGAGGGCCAGAUGGGUUUGGUGACGGCGAUGGAGGACGAAGACCUCGGAAACGUCAGUCGAGCGUUCAGUCGCAAGCCGCCACAGAUCAAGACAGCCGGCCUUCAAGUUCCGCCGUCUGUUCUUGAACGCUUCUCGGCGUAUUUCCCGCCAAAUACCCCGUUGAGCUACAUCAUCCUGCGGUUGCGCGACAUUGCAACCGUCAACCACCGAUUCCACAUGUGCAAUUUAGGGGAAAUGGUCGAAAUUGCAGACCUGAUUCAGCCGUUCCCAAUGUCUGUAUAUGACCGCUGUGUUUUCUUGAAUGCCCCAGUCUCUCUAAGAGAAGAAAACGGCAAGGCUACACUCCAAGCAUUCGCGCGGUGCGCCUCCAAUAUGACUGGCGGCGAUCUCUUGGAUAUACCCGCGGUCAACCUGGAGCUCCUCGAUACAACCAGAGAGACAUACCCGCUGGGUAAGUCCGCCUACCUGAAGCACCUCGAGGCCCUGCACAAGUCCAUCACCCUGUACCUAUGGCUCAGCUAUCGAUACUCGGGGGUUUUCCGCAGCCAGAAACUGGCUUUCCACGUGAAGGAGCUCGUUGAAGCCAGGAUCAAUGAGGCCCUUGGAGAGGUUUCCAUGACGCAAGAAGGUCUCAGAGCCCGAAACGUAUUCAUCCGGAAGCAAGCUGCGGAUGCGCAGCGCCGCAAGAAGGGUAUCCUCGGCGGCGAGAUCGAGGACACCGACGACCGCCCGCCGGAAAAUGAAGGGCCGGGUGACUGGAAUGAGGAGGGCCAUCAAGAGCCUCUCUACGAAGAUCCCUCUGAGGUCGAUGUGGCCACCAAGAGAAAGGACGCCGAUGUACAAUAA